AUGCGCAGUGGCCGGGCCGCGGGGGUCGGGAGCCCGCGGUGGGCUCAGGUGUUGCGGGGGUUGUGUUCAUGCCGCUUUUCGCUGUUCUCAGAGUCGGAUGUCUUUGAAAUCGUUCUUCCCAUCACUGUCGUUGUGCUGAGCGAUGAGGAUUUUGUCGCACAUGACGCUGAGGAGCAAGAGGUGCUGGAUUUUGAGGUGAGGGAGGAAGAUGAGCAGGAGAGUGUUCUGAGAAGCGAUGUGACACCUUCAAAUGGCAGCUACAGUUUAAGCGUUUGUGAGGAAAAGAAGGCCGCUUCAAAUAAGGAUAAUAGCGUGAACUACUCUGAAGGAAAAUGGUUUGCCGAGAAGGUGUGUGACAGAUCAAAAUCAUCUCCAAGUGGUUGGUGUGGUGCAGGCACGGAUGAAUCUAGUCAAAAUUAUGUGCUGCCUAUGUCGUCUUGCAAAACAGAGCCUGCAGAGAUAAACGAAACCGCUGACAGAAGAGAAUGUGACAGUGAUGGUGGCUUUCAGAAGGUUCCUUCUCUCCUCUUCUCUGCUGGUAAUGAGGGGAGAGAUGAGACCAUCGAGACAACCAGACAGGUGACGUUGGCAGUGAUAUCCAGUCACGAAGAGCAGCUUGUCAAUGCUGCAGGUGUUCUUUCUGAUGACAGUCAAGAAAAGCAAGCAGAAAUCCACAAGGAGAUGGAGACAAUUGUUGAAAUGGAAGAUCUUGAUUCUUCAAAGAAUGGAGAUAAUGAAGCUAAUAACAGAAAAAGAAAGAGGAGCAACUUUAAAGAUGAAACUCUGAGUUCUCUUUUGGAACACGGCUUGAAAGAAGAACGGAGAUUUACCUAUAAUUGUUCUGCUACGCUUCUUGUUGGAUGUUCUCCUCCUUCAAAAGAAUUGGUAGAAGAUAUAGGGAAACUGGAGAUGAACACUUCCACUUCUGCUGAAUCAAAUACUACUGGAGAGCACAUUUAUAAGACGUUAACGCCAUUUUCUAAAACAAGAUAUUGGCAACAAAAAGUUGUUUCUCCUCAUGCAAGUCCAAAAGAAUACCAAAGCCAGCAGGAGGGUUUAGCAGGGCUAAGUAAUAGUGUGACCAUCACACCUCUUUCUAAAGCAUCUUGUUCUAUAAAUAAGCAUGAAAGAUUUAAUUUGAAGUGCAGGUUUUGUAGUUCUGUGUAUAAAUGCAGUGCACUUCUAAGGAAACAUCUUUAUUCAGCUCAUAAAGAUAAGAAAAUACAUAAAUGCUGCUUUUGUAAAAGAACCUUUUUGUUUUCUGUCAACCUUAAGAAUCACCUUAAAUUUCACAAGAACGUGAUGAGGUUGCAAAGGGCAAGAAAAAAUAGAAUGAAUGUGAGAAAAGUUGGGCAGAAAUCUGAAGAAAGAAAACCUGAGCCCAAGAAAAAAGAAAGUAAGUAUGAGAAAUUUUUUGUCCAAGUUGAAAGGGAGUUUACACCUCUGGGUGUGCCAGUUAGUUUUUCCUGCAAAAUCUGUUUCUUUGCUUCAUCAAAUCCUCGGACUUUUAUUCGUCAUGUGAAGGGACACAAAGAGAGACCACCUUACCAGUGUCCUCAGUGUGAUUCCUCCUGCCCUAGUUUACCCUAUCUGUUAAAUCACAUGUACUGGCAUGCUGGGUAUAAGCUGUACCAGUGCAGGUUUUGCCCCUUUUUUUCGUUAUAUUUUGGAAGCAUGGUAAGACAUAGCUACGUACACACAGGGGCUAGACCGUAUUCCUGUGAAUUCUGCCAGUCAGCAUUCACAAGCACCAGUGCGUUGAAGAGACACAGAAGAUUACAUGCAGGUAACGAAACAUGCCAAGGGCAGCAACGCGACUUUUUAAGUGAAAGAAAGAGAACCCAAAGACCUUUAAAGAGUUAUACGUGUGAUGAGUGUGACAUAAUAUUUUACACUAGAAAACAUUUUGGCUUUCAUAAGAAAUUUCAUGAACAGAUGAAGGCUUCUGCUAAUGGUUUUACAACUCAGAGCAAUGAAUAUCAUGAAAGCAAAAUAGGCAGAGUUGACAGUGAUCCCCAGAACCAUGGUUCUCUGUCUCUUUCUGGUAAAAAAAGUGAUUGUCUCAGUGGGGGAAUGCAGGCUUCAGAAGUAGACUUUGAGUGGGCAGGUAAUGUCCAGAACAAAACGCCAUCUGGAAAGAAAUUAUCUGAGAACAGCCAUGGAAGCAACAGCUUAUCUAUUAUUGGGAAUAGAUCAGAAGUUCCUCUGAAUUCAUACAAGAUGGACACUGGUAGUUGCAAAGGGAAACCUCUCCUCAACUCUAAGGCAUCUCAUUCACAAGCUCGAGGUGAUGAUGUGUAUCAUAAAUUUGUGGAAAACUUCCAGGAUAUGUGGCCUCCCAAUUUGUGUGCAUUCAAAACAUACAAGUGCGAACAGUGCAAUUACGCUACUGCUGUUCAUAGUGACUUUAAGCUGCACCUGAAAAUACAUACAGAUGAAAAACCAUUUGCGUGUAAAGAAUGCAAUAAGACAUUUAAAACAUCAAACUGUUUGCAAAGACACAGGCUUCAUGUAAAGAAUGGAUGCGAGUUUGGCCGCUGCCUCCGUGUAGAUAGUUGUUUAGAGAAUCUUGAAUUUUGUAGUGAAAUGCAUGUAGGCACAUGUCCAGAAAGAGACUUUGGUUCCUCGGAAGGUGCAGACAGCUUCCGUUCCUUGCUUGGUUCAGAAGUCUGUGAAAUGCAGCCAGAUAUCCAGAGAGGCAAAGAAAGUGAUUUGCUAGCACCAAGUCAGCCACGAUUCUAUCAGUGUGCAGAGUGUGAGUAUUCUACUUCUGUUUUAAGCAACCUUGAGGUACAUGUAAGAACUCACACAGGUGAGAAACCUUACAGCUGCAGUGUUUGUCAGAAGAAAUUUCGUACUUCCAGUCACCUGAAAAGACACAGAAUCACACAUGUUAAUAUGGAGCAUCUCAAGUGCAGGAACUGUGACUAUUCAACAAGCAAAUGGCUGUCCUUUAAACAGCAUCUGGCUUCACACUCUUGUGGGGAAAGCUCAUCUUCAGACUGUCUCUAUGAAAAAAAGCAGCUGCCUGUCAAAACAUACACAUGUGAAGAGUGUGGCUAUUGCACAGCCCACAAUGGGAACUUGAAGCCACAUCUGAGGAUUCAUACAGGGGAGAAGCCGUUCAAGUGCAGUCAGUGUGCUGUGGCUUUCCGCACAUCCAGCCACCUGAAGCGCCACUUACUGACUCAUUUAAAGUUGCGCUGCAGAAGGUGUAAAUUUUCUACGGCAGACAAACAUGCUUUCCAAAAGCAUGUGAAAACACACAAAAAAGAGUACAAGUGCAUAAAGUGUAAUGUGACGCUGCCUACCAAAAAACUUCUGGAGAAACAUAAGCGGCAACAUAAGGUUGGAAUAUAA